GUUAUUUAUUUACUAAAUUAAGAUUUUCGAACAUAAAAAAAGCUGGAUCCAAUUCAUGCCACACCAUUCCCAAAUUGUUCAUCAUCAUAUCACGGUUGUGCUGGUGGUGGUUUUGGUCUUGCUGGCGAAACCUCUUCAGGUUUUCGCCGGUGUUUUCAACGCCUCAUCCUUCAUCUCCGUAACUUUUUAUUACAUUCUUACAACAACUGCGUGUUUUUCUGCAUCUGUUUCUCCGAUUUCAAGCUUCUUUGUUUUUUAUGGAUCCGGCUUCUAGAACCUUCAUUUCCAAUUUUUUUCUACUCUUCAUUCACAAGCUGUAACUUUAUUGCCUGAUUUGCAGUUAUUGUGGUGGAAGUAAGAUUGGUGUGCUGAGCAAAAAUGUCGUUGAGAAGUAUAGUGCGGGAACUCAAGGAAAUGAGGGAUGGGAUUGGUAAUACAUCGACGCGGGGUGCAGGAAGUAGGGUUUCACAGCGUCGGACGAAGUCGCACAUAGUUCCUGAUAUGACUUUAACAUCACUUGAACCUAUUCAGCAGGGACAAUGGGCUAAUAUACCAUCUGAAUUGCUUCUUGAUAUAAUUCGGAGGGUAGAAGAGACUGAGACUUCUUGGCCUGCUCGUGCUGUUGUUGUUUCUUGUGCUUCCGUGUGUAAAUCUUGGAGGGCCGUUACAAAAGAGAUUGUCCAGACUCCCGAACAGUGUGGACGGUUGACAUUUCCUAUCUCAUUAAAGCAGCCGGGUCCUCGUGAUUCUCCGAUACAGUGCUACAUCAGAAGGGACAGAGAAACUUCUGCAUAUCUGUUGUACUAUGGAUUGGUGCCAUCGGAAAAUGAGACCGAUAAGCUGUUAUUAGUUGCCAAAAAGAUAAGGAGGGCAACCGGCACAGACUUCAUCAUAUCUUUGGUUGCAGAUGAUUUUUCCCGAUCCAGCAAUACAUAUGUUGGAAAACUCAGGUCUAAUUUUUUGGGUACCAAGUUCACUAUAUAUGACAGCCAACCUCCACAUGGAGCUGGAAUUCCACCAAAAAGUACUAGGUCUAGUAGGAGAUUUCAUUCUAGGCAGGUGUCUCCAAGAGUUCCAGCAUGUAACUAUAUCGUUAGCACCAUUACCUAUGAGCUGAAUGUUCUCCGCACGAGAGGGCCAAGAAGAAUGAACUGCAUCAUGAACUCGAUACCUGUCUCAGCUGUUCAGGAAGGGGGCACUGCCCCAACUCCUACAUCUUUUCCUGAAAUUACCGACGAGCAUUUUUGUUCUGCGUCAGCACCAGCACUAAAAGGUAAAGGUCCAGUUGGAGAUUUAAGCAAUUCAACCCUCCCAGUCCAAGAGAUGCCGGUACAGAGCCAAGGCCCAGUUGAGUCUCUAGUACUUAAAAACAAGUCUCCAAGAUGGCAUGAGCAGUUGCAAUGCUGGUGCCUAAACUUCAAGGGUCGUGUUACGGUGGCUUCGGUCAAGAACUUCCAACUUGUGGCUGCUGUUGAGCCAUCUCAUAAUGUUUCUGCUGCGGAGCAAGAAAAGGUUAUCUUGCAGUUUGGAAAGAUUGGAAAAGAUAUAUUUACUAUGGAUUACCGUUAUCCACUCUCUGCCUUCCAAGCCUUUGCAAUAUGCUUGAGCAGCUUUGAUACAAAACCAGCCUGUGAAUGAGACCCAUGUCACUGGGUCAUUAUCUGCUGGAUUUUUUUUCAUAUUUAUGUAUAAUUUGCUAGACACAGUUCAUCAACAUGAUGAGAUGAAGCUGACUAUGCAGUCAUUAGUAUUUCCCUUUCAUGUUAGUUGUUGUAUCUGUAAUUUUAACCUGUAUGAUGUUUCAUAGCCAUGCAACUAAAUUUAAGUUUAGUGAAUUUUCAAUUUUAUAACAUACAGUCACAUUGUAUUUCUCA